UCUGUGAGCACCAUGGUUGAAAGUGCAAUAGCCGUGUCACCAUCUCACACAGAGAGAGUCUCAUCGACACACACAUGCUCCAGGGAUCAUUGUGCUGAGAGCUCAGCGAAACUCUCAGCGUCCACCGACAUACAUAGAUAAAUCAGUGUGACACACUGAACUACUCCUUCUCAGACCCUCGCUGCUGUACAAUGGAGCACAAACACACAUCUCUCUCUCUCUCUCUCUCUCUCCCUCACCCGCUCCCUUCAUUGCCAGACCACCCUUGAUUCCCUCACUCGCCAUUCAUUCAUUCCUUCAUCAGACUUGGACAGUCUCCAUUGCGUCCUGUAUCUUCUUGAACACAGUGCUGGGCUCCUCCGCCCCGUCGAUGCGCACGAGUAUGUCUUGGUAGCAGCCGAGUAUCUCGUCACAGUUGUCCUUGAACUUCUGCAGCCGCACGCGGAUUGUGUCCUCGGUGUCGUCGGACCGCUGGAUGAGCUUCGACCCAUCCACCUCGGGGCCGGGAGGGUUGGUCUUCAGGUUGUAGAUCUUCCCCGUGGCUGGAUCUGUCCGACGAUACACCACCCUGAGCCAGGCGAGAGAGAGAGAGAGAGAGAGAGAGAGAGAGAGAGAAUGGACAGACAGACAUGCAACAGGUAAAUGAUGGUUCCCUCCCUGCCUUUGUAGGUUUCUCUCACCUGUCGAUGAUGAGCUGGUCGGGCGCCUCGAGCAGCAGAAACUUGUCUGCCUGAAUGCCAGCCUCCUUGAGUGCCUCAGCCUGGCUCUUGGUCCUCGGGAAGCCGUCCAGCAGCCACCCCUCCUCCACACAGUCACCCUGCUGCAGCCGCGUGACGACGAUAGCAAUGAUGAGGUCGUCAGGCACCAGGUCGCCAGCCUCCAUGUACUCCUUGGCCUUGUUGCCCAGCUCCGUGCCCUCGUUGACAGCAGCCCGCAGGAUGUCCCCGGUGCUCAGGUGGAUGACACCGUACUGCUGCUUGAUGAAGUCGCACUGGGUGCCCUUGCCCACCCCUGGGGCGCCUGCAAUGAUGAUCUGUGGGCCGCGCAUCGAAGGCUGACCUCGCAGCGACGGUGAUGGUCGUCGCCUCGAUGCUGGCAGGCGCGGGCGGGAGGGCGGGGAGCGAAAUAGAGGGCCGGAAGAUGACGAUGAUGUCGAUGCACUGCUGUCCGAUGAACGGAACGAGGCCGCAUCCGCAGAUGCCAUGGAGAUCACCACCAACGCCGCGGCGACGAGCACCAUCUUGAGAGCGCUUUUUCCCCGCU